AUGUCUGACCAAGACAUUGAUUCGAAUAAAUACAGCAAAUUGCGAGGUAUCUAUAAGUACUACAUCGAUUCAUACAAUGCACUGUAUCAGCUAAAAACGGGAAAAGACGAAGAAUUAAACGAGAUUUACAAAAUGAUCAAAACAGAAUUGAUUGAUUCAAAGAAAUAUCCACCUAAUAAGAUCAUGAAAGAUAUUUCAAAUAUCAUUCAGUAUAAUAAUCGCUAUACAAAGUCAUAUUUAUCUCUUGCCAAACUUAUAUAUGAUGAUUAUCAUGUUCAAGCGGUCAAUAAUGUUGAGUCUGCUUUUAUAUACCUGUUUUACAAAGAAUACAGUAUUAAAUUAGACGAAUCUGUUGAUUUCGAAAAGAUUAAAUUUAAAAAUCUGGACAUUCAUGCAGAAAAUGUAAUUUACAGAGCAAUUAUGAAUAAUGACAAAGAAAGAUUCAUCACAUUCACAGAAAGAGAUGGAUUUGAUAAAAAACAAAAACUUAAAAGCGAUUUAUAUCCAUAUUCUAGGAAAGGACAUUCAUUACUUGAAUUAUGUUGUUACCAUGGAGCAGUUGAUUGUUUUAAGUUUUUAAGAACGAAAUUUGACUCAAAAAUAACUCAAACAUGUCUAGAAUUAUCAUUUUUAGGUGGAAAUCAAGAGAUCAUGAGUGAAUGUUUGAAAUAUAAAACUCCAAAUAGAGAAUGCAUGAGAUAUGCUAUUAUUUUACACAACAUUGAUUUUAUUACAUUCUUGAUGAAUGAAUACAAUUUGAAGAUUGAUUUAUGUUAUUGUGGAAAUUACAAUAAUCUUGAAUCAUUUUUAGUUUAUUUCGAUCAAACUAAUUAUAUUAACAAAUGCUUUGCUUAUUCAUGGAUGUUUAAUAUUCCAUCCUUUUGCGAAUACUUCCUUUCACAUGGUGCAAAUAUUAAUGAAAAAGAUAUUUGCGGACAAACGGUACUUCGUAUUGCAGUAGAUAGAAAUUACAAAGAAAUAUCUGAACUUCUUAUUACACAUGGUGCAAAUAUCAAUGAAAAAAUUGAUUGUGGAAGAACCGCACUUCAUAUUGCAGCAAAGAAUAAUAAUAAAGAAAUAGUCGAACUUCUUAUUUCACAUGGUGCAAAUAUCAAUGAAAAAGAUAAUAAUAAAGACUCUGCUCUUCAUACUGCAACAAUACUUAAUAAUAAAGAAAUUGCAGAAGUUCUUAUUUCACAUGGUGCAAAUAUCAAUGAAAAAAAUAAUGAUGGAUACACAACUCUUCUUCUUGCAGCAAAGAAUAAUAAUAAAGAAAUAGUCGAACUUCUUAUUUCACAUGGUGCAAAUAUCAAUGAAAAAGAUAAUAAUAAAGACUCUGCUCUUCAUACUGCAACAAUACUUAAUAAUAAAGAAAUUGCAGAAGUUCUUAUUUCACAUGGUGCAAAUAUCAAUGAAAAAAAUAAUGAUGGAUACACAACUCUUCUUCUUGCAGCAAAGAAUAAUAAUAAAGAAAUAGUCGAACUUCUUAUUUCACAUGGUGCAAAUAUCAAUGAAAAAGAUAAUAAUAAAGACUCUGCUCUUCAUACUGCAACAAUACUUAAUAAUAAAGAAAUUGCAGAAGUUCUUAUUUCACAUGGUGCAAAUAUCAAUGAAAAAAAUAAUGAUGGAUACACAACUCUUCUUCUUGCAGCAAAGAAUAAUUCUAAAGAAACAGCCGAAGUUCUUCUUUUACAUGGUGCAAAUAUUCAUGAAAAAGAUGAAGAUGGAAAGACCGCUCUUCAUACUGCAGCAGAAUAUAAUAAAGCAGAAACAGCCGAAGUUCUUCUUUCACAUGGUGCAAAUAUUGAUGAAAAAGAUAAUGAUGGAAGAACCGCUCUUCAUCUUGCAGCAUAUAAUAAAUGUAAAGAAAUAGUCGAAGUUCUUCUUUCACAUGGUGCAAACAUCAAUGAAAAAGAUAAAUAUGGAAGAACCGCUCUUCAUCUUGCAGCAUAUAAUAAUCGUAAAGAAGCAGCUGAACUUCUUCUUUCACAUGGCGCAGACAUCAAUGAAAAAGAUAAUGAUGGAAGAACUGCUCUUCAUUAUGCAGCAAAGUAUUAUAAUGAAGAAACAGCUGAAGUUCUUAUUUCACACGGCGCAAAAGAAUAA